AUGGUUGAACACGAGGAACUCGUUCAAGAAGUAAGAACCAAUGGUGAAGAUGAACAUUAUAAUGUUGACUCAACUAGUAGGAUCCAACUUCGCAGGCUUACGAAGAAGGAACUCAUGAAAAUGCUUGACGAAAUGAAUAUUCCAUACACAACUAACACAACAAAAGAAGUAUUGAUAAGCAUGAUCCUUGGAGCUUCUACCAAUGAUAAAAACCAAUCUAAUGGCGAGACUAACAUGAUGAUACAUGCUGAAGAUUUGGAAGAUGAUGAUAUUAUUAUCCAAAAAGAAAGCAUUGCUCCAGAAAACAUCGAACCUAACGUUGAAUUACCAGGAAAAGUUACCUCAAUUACGCUUAUUAAUCAGGUUAGUCUCAUGAGCACUAAUGAUGAAGAUGAAAUCCCAGAAAUUCAAGACAACCUUGAUGACUACAAAGAAUACACUGUUCCAGAGACAAUUCAUCCUGUAAUCCAUACAGAACCUGAUGAAGUUUCCCAUAAUUACAUGAAUCACAUCUUCUCUUCAUCUUCAUCAGAGAAAUCAACACCAAAGAUGGAGACGAUGAUCCAAGAACCAAUAACAAAAGGUAUGUCUCCAUCAAUGAUUGAUCAAAAGGCGAAUCAAACUGAAGAUUCAACAAUUUUCAUCGAAAAAAGUGAGAAAAGUUGGAGAAACUUUUUCAUAAUCAUUGGAUUGAUCUUGUUUACAAUAGGAUUGAUCUUAAUUUCAUUUCUCGCUUUCAAGAAAAAGAAUUUCUUCAACAUAUUCAAAAAAAUGAAAUGUUCGAUGAAAAAUUUUCGAAGGAUACUCCACAUGAAGCAAAACAAUAAAUUUUAG